AGUCCGUUCAGACAGAUACCAUGCUGACCUUUUUUGUAGUGAUGGCCAUGGUUGCUUGUUAUCCAGGCAAUGGAACGGGCUACGUACGUCAUGUUGAUAAUCCAAAUGGAGAUGGAAGAUGUGUGACAUGUAUAUAUUAUCUUAAUAAAGACUGGGAUGCCAAGGUAAGUGGAGGUAUACUUCGAAUUUUUCCAGAAGGCAAAGCCCAGUUUGCUGACAUUGAACCCAAAUUUGAUAGACUGCUGUUUUUCUGGUCUGACCGUCGCAACCCUCAUGAAGUACAACCAGCAUAUGCUACAAGGUACGCAAUAACUGUUUGGUAUUUUGAUGCAGAUGAGAGAGCACGAGCUAAAGUAAAAUACCUAACAGGUGAAAAAGGUGUGAGGGUUGAACUAAAUAAACCUUCUGAUUCAAUCAGUAAAGACGUCUUAUAGAGACUUUGAUCCAGCAAUACCCCUACAAUUCACCUACAAUAAUUGUUGAUGCUGUUUGUUAACUUGUGACUACAAAUAAAUGGGAUAAAGAAAAAUAGACAAACAGUGGCAUUUUAAUAAGGAAACAGAAACACCUUUUUGUGUUGCACCAGAAAGAAGAUUUUGACUGUAUGGCUUUGUGCUGCAUGGCUGACUCCAGACCCCUGAUUGCUUAUGGGAAGAAUAUAAGCUAUCAACUGAAAAAUGGUAUUUACAUCUGGACAUGAAGAAAGUGCCCUAGGUAGAAUGUUUUUCACUCUUAUAUUUUGCCAGAUCUGUCAUCUAGCCGAGUUCAUUUCAUCUCUCCCUUUUUUAUACAGUCAAGUUUGAAUUUGAAGUAAUUUUUGUAUGAUCAGGUACAAUUUAUCAAAACUGAAUUAAGAAAAAUUACAGUAUUAUUCCCCCAAAUAGCACCAAUCUAUUUUUGUAAACCUCUUCGUACUAUUAAAUCUUGCCCUAAAAGACCUCUUCUAACGAUUGUUGCCAGUGACUGAUGAUUAAUUUUCUUUUUACUUAAAAUAAGGAGCACUUUAAUUACCAACUGAAAAAUCAGACUGUUUUGUAGUCGUGUCUUACACAAAUUUGAACUCUUGUUAAAGAUUGCUGCUGUUGCUUUUUUUGACAUUGUUAGUAAUGAAACAUAACAGUAAAACCAUCACCAUUUACUACCAAUAACUUUUAAUACAUGUUUUAUAAGAAAAAAAUACAGAGUAAGAAGGUUUUUAUCUUUUAAGUUAAAUUUUUUAAAAACCACAGUGACUGGCACUAAAUGAACUUGAGGUUCUCCCCAGCGUCAAGUUCCCGCGAUAAAGGGCUUUCUCGAGCGUUCAGGUGCACGCUAUAGAUGUAGAAGACAAUGUCCCAUCCCUAAGACUUUUCCUUUUGCUUCCUGUCAAGUUCAUGGCACUUCCAAUUUUGCUGUAAUGUUUUCCUCCUCGUGGGACCCAUGUGACCUGCAGGCCAGAACCUUGUUUCUAUUGGAUAGCCUGGAGGGCACCUGCGUGUCCAGACGGACCUGUGUGUCCAAACGUACUGUUAGUGACCCCCAGACCGCGGCGGAGGCGUUGCCCACGCGAUGCGGGCCUCUGUCAUACUGAAAGGUGUAUGUUUGGCUUACAAAACAGACAAAGCAAAAAAUAAGAUAAUUUUAUUUUUAUGUUUUAUGAGUUGUUUUUUUUUACUUCUGAGAAAAAGAGGGAAUAUUACAAAAUCACACCAGGCCUCCCAGACUUCCGUUAUCUUAUGUAUGAAUUGGGACGGGUGUCGUAAGCUCCAGUCCCCUGGCAAAGUGAAAGGGCGGGUUGGUGUCCUGCGUGCACUGUGGGUGUAAGACCUUGCUCGCUGCACUUUCUAUCUCUGUCCUUGGUCUUUGCCAAAAUAAUGUGAGUGUACAGAAAUACUUCUGUAUAUUUCACCUUAACGACACUUUCAGCAUUUGUAUAGUUUGUAUUCAAUUAGAGACCUUUUCUAUGGAAAGCUCAGUAAUUUUUAUUAAAAGAUUGCUAUUGUUCAUGUAAAACAUGAAAAAAAUUGUUUCGUGAAACUGACAGAGUGACUUAGGGUGGGAUGAAAUAGCAUUGUCAUCUCACUUAGGAGAACUUGCAGGAGAAAAAUUAGUUGAUUGUUUUCCUCGCCCGUGUUCGGUUCUGUCCCGCCUCCUGUCCUCGUCCCAGAGAACACAGCAGAACACCUCUACAAUAAGUGCCUCUGCUGGCCUGACUAGGAGUGCGAGCUGCCCUUGCCCUCUGUCUGCAGUGCGCAGUGCUGCGCUCGCCACACUCAGAAGCGCUGUCACUUUCAAGUCUAGUAGAAAUUGUAUCGUGUUGAUAGGAGAUUUGUCUGAUGGUCAGGUCAGGGUGUACAGCCACAGCCUUGUAAUCUGGGAGCCCCGUGUCACUCAGGUGUGCGUCUCUGCAGCUGUGUGAAGUGUCAGACUGCUCUCUGGGGGUUGUGCAGCCCCACAGGUCUCAUGUUCUGUAUUUUUUGGAAAAGUUUAUAUAAUCCCUUGGAGAUCAUUGUGAAAGGAUCAAGAAAUGAGGAUAGCCAUUUCUUUAAUAUCCGUUUAAAAUCUGUUAAUUUCAUGUUAGUGGGACCGUUAACUUGUCACCAAGCAGGACUCUAUUUAAAACAAAAUUUAAAAUUAUUUGUGGCCGAUAUGUGUUUAAUCCUAAAGGUAAAGCUUCUAAUGCUGUUUUUAUUCAACACAUUAACCAGCUGUAAAACACAGACCUCUAUCAACAGCAGGCAAAGAAUUUCAGGAUUCAUAAACAGACAUAAGGUCAUGUCAUUUGAAAAGCAGUGUUUCAUUAUGAAAGAGCUCUCAAGUUGCUUGUAAAGCUAAUCUAAUUAAAACGAUGUAUAAAUGUUCUUGAAAAAAUGA